AUGACCGUCCGCAGCGUUCUCUGGCAAGUACUUUCGUCUCGUACUAAGGUCACUCAUCGCCCCGCCCAACCUUUUCCUUUCCCCUCAAAGUACCAUAUUGGAAUAAUAUGCCUUGGAUUCUCUUCGUUAUUUCUUUUUGUGCUGUGGGCUGUCACCGUGAUCAGUCCCGUAUUCCUGGACGUCCCAAACAGAAGCUGGUUCUCCAAGUUCGCUCCCGAUAAGGCGCAUGCCCCGAAGAACAGUUCCAGCGCCGACUUCCCCUGUCAGCCUGUCAACUUUACUGUCGGCUCUACUCUGCAAACACAACAAGGGAUAUUCCAGUACAGUCUCCUAGGGAGAAACAGCGAUUUCCCCAGCUCUGAUGACACGACCUUCCAAUAUCGGGGUGAUGGUCUGGACUUUUGUUAUCUAACAGAGGCUGCACUCCACCUCGACACUCGUAGCAUGGAGCUGCGUAUGGAGGGCGUGGUAUUUUGCAGCUCGUAUGGACUUCCAGUGAUCCUUGGCACGGAAUACACGGCAUCGCUGGACCCCGUCAACUUGAUUGAUUCUAUUCUGAGAUUCUCGAAAACUGACAACAAAGCUUCCGCGACUGCCGGCCUCGUCGGCACAAUCAGUAAUGCGCUCGAUGAACUGUCGUCAGAUGUCUUGAACCGGACAGCCGCACUGUUUCACGCAGAUGAAAACAGCCCAAGGACCUACAGUAUUGGCAUUGCAAUUGAAACUCCACGCAAUGUUUCUUGCUCCCCUGAUUCCGAUGACAGAAACCAAACAACCUGCUUGCAUUGGCGUCAAGAGAACCCUUGGAACCAGCUGUCGAGCAUCUUCGAGAUCUAUGUCACUUAUGAGAAUGCAAACACCAGCACCAGCCAAGAUGGCGUGUCGAAUCCUACCCUCUUGACCUAUGUUCCCAGCAAUGCGCUCAAUGUCACGAUCAGCAACUUUUUCAACGGUUUUUAUUCGGCGGUCAAGGUGGACCUGGAUGAUGAAUCGGAAAACAACAUCUUUUUGAACAAGAACGCAUUCGCCCAGCAGAUAAUCACCGUAGAUAAUCUCGUCAGGGAUCCAAAACUUAAUAUCACCCUCGUCGGUGCUGUUGAUCUGAUUGAGGACAUCGACACCUACAUCAUCAACCCGGAAACCUCGGGCUUGAUCUCAGAUCUCAACGUCCAGUACAUCUGCCUCGAUUACAAGAUCAAGACCGCGUACGCUUGGAUCAACAAUGUCUUUGGUAUCGCUUGGGCAAAUUUUUCGAGUAUGUGGGUUAUCGUCAUCAUGGUGAUCACCAUCUUUGCCGCCCACAAAUACCCACCGAAGAAACCUGUCGCUAGACCACCCGGUUCCGCUGGUGGACCGACUUCGGGAGCGCCAAGACCACCUGCCGCUGGACCCGGGGCAGCAGGCAGUGCUGAGGCCCCCAGACGACCUCCGGCGACUACUCAAGAUUCUGCGGCUACACUGGUUGUGAGAGAUGGAAUCAUGUCUGCCGAAAAGCUUGCCGAAGAGGGCUUGUCCAAGCUAAUGGAGCACUUGGGUUGA